UUUAACUUUUGCCUCUCAAGCUUGAAAGAAGUAAGUACUGCUUUGAAAUAGUAUAGAGGGCGUUUACAGUUAGUUUGAUGUAUUUUGCUUUUACCUAAGGAAGUAAAGGCAUAAUUUUUACUUUUCCACUCAGUAACUGUUUUUGAAAAAGUUCUUAGCUAACUCUGUAGUGCCCCCUUUAUUGCUAGUAAUCAAGCCUUCGCGACCUGUAGCUCUAAAGGUGUGGCAAACUCUUGUUAUGGCAACAGUGAAUUUUAAUGGUCAGUUUCUCGAAAGAACAUAUAUACCGCCCUGACGGUGGGCUUCUUGUUACGUGGGUGCCUGUAGUCAUUUUUCUGCGUCUUCUGCUUGCUCGCUUCUUUUCUAUGGGUGGUUUCAAAGUUGCUGGCGCUCUGAGAGGGGUAUGGUUGGACGUGGAUGUCAAGAAAAGGGUUGAAACCAAGACAAAGAAGAAAAAAGAAUUUGGAAAAGUGGUUUUACUAGGCAUGGAGGGAUCUGGAAAAACCACUAUUUUAAAACAAGCUAAAAUUAUUUACAGUAAGGGAUUUAGUACUCUUGAGUUAACUGAAUUUGCUCCUAUAAUCUUUUAUAAUAUUUACGAAUCUAUGAAACUUUUAAUUAUAAACCGAAGGAAAUUUUGUAUAGCCGAGAAGGAUGAUGAUAUUUCCCAAUUAUGUGAGUUGGAAGAUUUUUUGUUAAUGCAAGACGUUAACGACCACUACCAAUUUAACGAAAAAACUUAUCAAACCAUUAUAAGGUUGUGGGCGUCCAGUUCCAUUAAAAAGUGUUACGAGAUGCGCUCCAAAUUUAAUUUAAUGGACUCAGCAGAAUAUUACUUAAAUGCUCUUUGUGAUGGAAGAAUUAACUUUACUGGGUAUAUACCCUCCGUAAAAGAUAUUUUAAAAUGUCGAUUACCUUCUGGUGAUCUUUCGAGGCAUAACUUUACCAUAAAAGGCAGGCAUUUUGAAUUUGUUGAUAUUGGAGGGCAUCGCUCGCAACGAAUAAAAUGGAUGCACUGCCUUCCGGAAGCGACUGCCACUUGUUUUAUAGUUUCAGCCAGUGAUUACGACCAAGGCAACCGCCUUCGGGAGGCUAUGUAUUUUUUUGAGGAAACACUUAACCAGGAGUUUUGUAAAGAGCACCCAUUUAUACUUUUGAUAAACAAGAUAGACUUGCUUAAGAAAAAGUUAAAAGUCAUCCCUUUUAAUGAGAAUUUUCCAGAAUAUAAAGGCGGCCCACAUAAUUUUGAGGAAGUCCAAAGCUUUAUUUUAAGAAGUUUUCUUUCAUUAAAUGUGAAUUCGAAGAUACUCAUAUAUCCUUACUUUACGCGCGCGAUUGAUACCGAUUGCAUGAAAAGUAUUUUUUAUGCAGUCAGCAAUAUAAUUGUAAAGAAUAAUUUAAAAAAGUACUCUAUUCUUUAG